AUGAAGAAAGGGCCUUAUGCAAAUAAGAAAUAUGCCAUAGAAACAACAGAUGAAGACACUGAGUAUGCAAGAAAGAGAAAUAAACGUGUCAGAGAGAUUGGUGAGAACUCUGGUAUAUUGUGUCGUAAUUUGUCGCCUACCAGGAAAAGGAUUCGAGUAGCAGGAAAGGAUCGUCCUGAAACAAGCCCCCUCAACUAUAGUGGGGAAGAAGCUGUUGAUGUGGAUAUGCCUUUGGUGGACUCGGCCUCUCCACCCCGUCAGUUAAGAAAACCUGAUAAGGUAUCCGUGACACCUGCAAAGAAGAUCCCUUAUAACUUGAGGCCUAGAAUAUUGGGAAAACAGGGCCUUAUGGCAAAUAAGAAAUAUGCCAUAGAAACAACAGAUGAAGACACUGAGUAUGCAAGAAAGAAAAAUAAACGUGUCAGAGAGAUUGGUGAGAACUCUGGUAUAUCGUGUCGUAAUUUGUCGCCUACCAGGAAAAGGAUUCGAGUAGCAGGAAAGUCAGGUACUGAACAAGGUGGCGAGGUCUCGAACCUGAAGAUGACACUGGUAGCCCUAUUGUGGUUGAAGGCAGAAUUGUUUCCGUACUUAUUUGAAGUUUUAAUAGAUGUGCUGAGAGUUAUCUCCGAUGGAACAACCUACUGUGUCAACCACACGAUAGGUACCACCAGUUGGUGCAGUCCUUAUCACUUAGCAGGUGGAGAGACUCCAGUAUCUCCUAUGAGGGAGAGGCUUUUCUCAGAAAGCAGCAACACAGAUGGCAAUAAAUGA